AUGUUGGAGUCAUUAGUUGAAAAGCUACUGAAUAAGUUCCUCGCGCCUUAUGUCGAGGGGAUUGAGAGGAACCUGCACUUGGGGGUAUGGUCUGGCAACAUAGUUCUAGAGAACCUGAAGCUUAAGCCGCAAAUAACCGAAAUAUUAGAUCUGUCCUUUAAGAUAAUCCAUGGUAACAUAGGACGAAUAAAUAUACAAAUUCCAUGGAGUAAGUUAGGGAAAAGUCCCGUAUGUGUGCUCAUUAAAAAUGUACACAUAUAUAUAAAACCAAGAAGCUACAAAAAAAGCGAAGAUGUGAUCAUCGAAGAGUUGAGAAGGGCCAAAAUGCAUAGGCUGGAACUGUUGGAGGAAGAAAUUUCCCUCAUUAAACAACAGAAAAAUAAGGAAAAGUCAUCGGAAAAGUCCACACUUAUAUUUAAAUUGUUAAAUAAAAUUAUUAACAAUAUUCAUGUAGAUAUUCAGGACAUUUUAAUUCAUUUUGAAGACCCUGAGAGGAACUUUUCCAUCGGAUUUAUCCUCAAGUCAUCCUCCGUAAAGAAUUGUCUUGUGAAGGAGGAAAACGCGGCGGAGGCUGCCAAUGCCGGUGCAAAUGCGGGUGCAAAUGCGGGUGCAAAUGCGAGUGAUGAGAAUAAGAAGUUAAAUCACAUUAUCGAGUUCAAGGGGCUCUGUAUCUACAGCAACAGUAAUAUAAGGAAAAAGCGCAGGAGGAGGAAGGGGGAAAAGGGGAAGACAAGGGGCGAAAGUGGUCGAAGCGGUCGAAAUAUCUCUGGGGGGUCCCCCAAGCGGCAGGCCACCAGCGCUUCGUCCGAUUCGUUAACAAAGGGCGACCCUGAUAAGGACGAAAGGGAAGACCUGAAGAAUAGGUCAUCUCUGUCCGACGAAGAAGAUGAAGCAAAUGAUGCCAGUGGAAGGGUAGACAAUUUGGACAGUUCGUCCAAGGUGAAGGAUGACUUGUCCAUUAGUUACGACAAGAACGAGGACCUGACGUUUGAGUCCAAGUUAGGGAGUGCCGACCCGGAGGAAGAUCAAAAUGGUGAUAGUAAGGAAAACUACUUGAAAAGGACGCUAACCCAGAUUAGCAACUUUUUAAAAGAUGACGACAGCAAAAUUUUAAACUACUACAACUUUGAGUAUUUGAUAAAGCCGUUCGACUUGGUGUUGCCGGUGGAACAGUCCAGCAACAAAAAGGAGCUGAAGGUGAAGCUAGAAAUAGGGGAAAAGUGGGAAGGAAUUACGCUAACCAGAACGCAAAUUACAAAAAUUAUUGAAAUAAUGAAUGAAGCGAAUAAGUCCAGGAAUCAAACAAACAAAUUGUUGCUAAAGUAUGCCUGUACAGUCAAGUUAGACAUAGAAUCGCUGCGAAAUGAAACCAAGAACGAAUUCAUGAAUCUGUAUAAUAAAGUUCUUGCAGAGAAGUACAACAUAUCAACCACGGAGUUAACCUCCCUGGAGAUGGACCGGUUGCAAAUUUUGUACGAUGUAGUUGGGGUACGCCAUCUAGCAAAGUGGAGAUUGCAAUGUAAAAAUACGUUGGAAAAAAUAAUUGAAGAAAAAAAUUUGAAAAAAAAAUAUCUCUACGAUUCUAUAUAUAAGCAGCAGUCCUGGUGGUCCUGGGUUACGGGUAAUAAGAAGGACAUAGAAAAUAAGGUGCAGAGUAUUUUAAAUAGCGAGCAAGACAUUAUAAAUGAGAAGGAGUUGUACAUUUUGCAGGAAGCCAUGACGAAUGAGGAUAAUUAUGAUGUGGUCCUUCCAACCAAAUAUGAUUUUCAGUUCAAAUUGGCAAAAUUUUCCAUCAACGUGUAUGAUGAUUGUAAGAGGAGGAGAAGAAGACGCGUGCUUCUUAAGCAAGAGGAGUUAUCAGAAAGGGGAAGAAAUAACGAGACUAUAUGCCCCAUUGAUGGAAGCGUAACUGGUGGUGGACUAAGGGAAGGAACUUCCAAUCCGAUAAGCAGUCCACCGGGGGAGGAAAUAUCUCUCAGCGGAAGUGAAGACACCCUGUUGAAUAGCUCUCCAGCUAUGAGCCCCUCCAACAGUAACUAUAUAAAGAAGGGGAUAAAGUAUGAAGAAAUUAACAUCCUCUCGAUAAAUUUUUACCAAAUAUAUUCUUCCCUGUCGUUACAGUCCGUGGUGGACCACAACGAUAAUGAUAAUUUCCAAUGGAAGUUCAUAAUCGAGUUACAAAAUUUCGUAGCAAAGCAUAAGAGUAAAGUUUUUAUGGAGUUUAGAACGAACAAAAAUUUAUUUCCCUACAAUGUUAACAGUACAGGAAAUAGCAUUUACCAGAAUGCAAUUUAUUAUUCUUUGCUACAUAGCCAAAGUUUGUGUGCCUAUGUAGAGAUAAACCACUUAGUAACUGAAAAGGGGAACACCCUAUCCACUUUGUUAAGGUUGAAUCCAUUGGAGCUUUAUGUUUCUCCGUUGCUUAUAAAGAAUAUACUGUCGUUUGCCUUUCCCCUGAUAGAUAUCGUUAAUAAAAAGCACAAGUCUGUUUUUCGGAAGGGCAAGGGCUCCGUCGUGGGCAACGGUGCGGCGGAGGCGCCACGAACAGAGGUGCCACUAAGAGAUGAGCCCCCCAGUAAAGAGCUUCCAGGAAAACCGCCCCCAGGAGAGACUGCUAAAAGCGCCACGGGCGACGAUCAGGAGGACACGUCAGAGGAUGACGAAGAAGACGACGAGGCGCUGCAGCACAUCAAGAAGAUGGAACAGACGGAAUUGAUAGAGGGGCUGAAGGAGAAGGGAGAAAACGUAUACAACAGAGCAGUCCAGCAUUUGCCAGAAUUGUUCGAAUUUUACAUUCAUAUAUGUGGACCCAUAUUACACUUUGAUAAUUUAACCAACGGUAUUGUGGAAUUGCACUUGGGUAAUUUGAUAGCCAAAACGGAGUUCCCCUGCACGUACCACAAAUUUAACUUGAUUUUUGAAUUCAACGAAACGCAGAUAACGUGCUUGAAGGCGUCUCUGAGGGGGGGUGGGGGCACGUGCAAAAAUGGCGUGGAUGUUAGAUCUACUGAGGUGGACUUGGUUAGUGGAUUACCCCCCAUCGAAGGGGAGACCCCAAAUGUGGAGGAGGAGGGGAAGGAAUCCCCCAUGGAAGAAGCCCAUUUGAAGGACAGCUAUUGUCACCGCAUAAAGGAAAAGACCCAAAAGAGCGAGAAGUUCUACAUACUGCAGCCCAUCCCUGUAAAGGUGUACGUGGAAUACGACUUGAAAAUUUUAAAAACAAACAUCAUAUUGGAUGGCAUUUUUUUCCAAAUAAAUCCAGACGCAGUGAGCAUCAUAUUGGCUGUGCCGACAUCCAUCACAAGGUAUUUAACUCGGUUCUACUCAAAAAAUAAAAAAGAAAAGGAUCUUCUUAAAGGUAGAAAGAAAACUUCAGUGGAGAAGAAGGUCAUUUCUUCUUCCAAGGAGGAAGGAAAUAUCUGCUUGAAGAUACCUUCCGCGGAGGGAGCGUCCAAAGAGAGUGACCCCGUCAGUGUUCACGCUCCGAAUGACGAUGAGUCUAAGGGUAACCUGACUGAUGCGAACCAAAUUAACAAACCGGAGGAAGAAUCCUUCCUCUAUGACAUCGACUUUUUAAUUAAAAAUUCAGCCUUCUCCAUUAAAAAUGGGAAAAAUAGGGAGGUGCUCAAGUACGAGGCCUGUGGAAUAUCCUACAAGAAUUACCUGCAGAAGAAGAGGAAAAUUGUGAAGGUUGAAAUAGAGCAAUUGUGGAUUUGUGACCCGAGUAAUAGACAGCCGAUUUUUUUUACCCUAACGAAGAAUGUGAAUUCGAAGGAUAUUUUUCUCUUCCGGUCGUUGUCGACUUAUUUGGAGGAGAAGCACAACGCAAUGGUUAAUGGGGGCGUGACUCAGGGGGGGAUGCUACCACCAGCAUCGUCACCAUCUGCGUCACGAGGAGGAGGAGAGGGCACCAACUUGGGGACCCCGCCCAGUGGAGGUGCAACCAUCGAUAAGCCUAUUAGCAGCCACAGGGGGGACGGCAAUAACAUGAGCAGGGAUGCCAGCAAUGAGGAGAACGGGUCUAGGUGCAUAGAUCGUUUUCAGUCCGCUGAAAGGAUAGAUGAAUUUAUGGAGAGUGAUUUUCCGAGCGAGGGGAAGGAAUGUCCCCCAAGUAAUGAUCUGGAUGAACGUGGGAAGGUGAGGAGGGGUUCGAACGGAAGUACUCCUAACGAGGGGGGAGCGGUGGACGACGAAGACAUCGAUGACUUCGAUGAGGAGGAUGAUGACGACUUCAUGGACGCCAUCGAAGAGAAGCAACUGUCCAUAAACCUGCAAAUCCUGCAGGAGCAAAACCAAAUCAACAGGGCCAGGACGCACGUGAAUUUAAUCAUCAGCGACAUUGAACUCCACUGGAAGUACAAAACGAUCAAGCAAAUAUUCAAAACGAUGAAGGAAUACAAGAAGAAGCUGCAGUAUGGAAUAGAGAAGGACAUGAAGUAUAUAAAAAAUAAGCUAAAAAACGAGGAGUUAAAAAAUUAUAAAAUGUUCAUUUCGGAACACACCUUGAGAAGUGUGCAGAAGACCCUAAAUAGUGUGAAGAAUUCUUUGAAUAUUUUGGACUUAGAAUCUGCUAGGAAGAAUAAUGAGGAGGAAACCGUAUGUGCAGGUGAUGACACACAUUCAGGGGAUGCUCAGAUGGGGCAACCGCCGGUACAAUCCAGCGGUUGCAACUUCCUGGAACCAAUGGGCACAAGUCAGCAUAUGGUUGGAAGGAGUACACAAAGUGGUGCCGAUGGUGAUGGAGAUCGGGAUAUCCUUAGCAAUGGGCUGAAUAACACCCUACCGAAACUGUACGGGCAGAAGAACUCCUACGUGAAGUACUUCUUCAAUUGCUACGUUAAGAGUGCCUCCCUAGCCUUCUGGCAGAAGAGGAAGAUCUUCUCAAAAAUUCAAGUGAGCAGCAUAUACUACGAAAAUAAGGUGUACUUAAAUUUUGACCAGAAAAUGUUCGUAAAUAUUGAGAAGGGCAUCAUAUCGAUGAAUAGCAAAAAUAUCAUUUCGAACAAUAUAAAUGAUUACACGUAUGAUUUGUUCAUUUCGAGAAGGAGCAAAAGGUUCGGCGGAACCGAUUGUGAGAGGGUGAAACUCAGUGAAGAUGGCAAAGGGGAGAAUGUGAAAGCGACAUCGGAGAGACGAAACAGUAAGGAUAUUUUAAACUACAUCAGUGUGGAUAACCUCUCUGAGGAAAUAAAAAAAAAAAAAAAAAAAUCAAACAAACAGAAAAGACAGGAUUUAUUUGUUGGAAAAAUUAAGGUGUACAAGGAUAGGAGAAAUUACAACAUAUGUUUGCUCUGCGAUAUAUCCAGUAUAUACUACAUCUUUUACUUACGCGAUUUGAAGUUAUUUCUGGAGUAUUUGGAUGAUGGUAUUUUGAACGUGUUUAUAAGUAAAUCGUACAAGAAGGUGGUACAGGUAGCUCAGGCGAAGUAUUUUCUCUUCCACUGCACCAUAUUUGAUCCCGUUGUUAUUAUUCCGGAGGAUAAGAAUAUAAUAUAUAAUUAUCGAGGGGAGGUUAAGAAUGUGUCCAAGUGCUCGAAGGGGAGUAUCAGUGGAGGUGGGAAUGCGAACCGAGGGGGGAACUCCAUCCCGUAUAUUGAAUCUUAUUUGAAAUUCCAUUUGGGCACUUUAAAAUUUAAGAAUUCGUACACUGUGAAUUACACCGAAGGGAUCGUCGAAAAUCAGCGAAGGGCGUUGCGGGAGAGGAGGAAGAGGAAAAGGCAAGCAAGACAGGCAAGAGCAACAACCCAAGGAAGAGCUACCCCAAGGAAGCGUCAAAUAGGUGUCCACUGCAGCGAUAAGGGUGGUAGCUCGACCCCAGGUGAGGUAACAGAAAAUGAGGACCUGGAAAAGAAUGAAAAGACAACAAGCGUGGGUGGGAAAUACGAUUUUACGCUCUAUGUGGAUUUGCUAGACAUGGAAAGUCGCGCCUGUGAAAAUGGGGGAAGUACCAACAUAGAAGGGAACAUUUUACAAAAAGUGAACAUAGGGUUAUGCCUAGUGAGCAGCAAGGAUGGUGUUUUCAUUUACCUGAAUGGGAACGAUUUUUGUCUGGAUUUGACUGUCUUCCAGUUGGCCUUUUUGUUAGACAUUAUUAAUGAGAACUUUUGCUACAAGGGUUACUUCCCGAUGUGCUUCAUUUGUGAUAGGGGCGUGAACAUAGACAGCAUGUUGAACGCAGAAUGGUUCCGCAAGGGGAACAUCAAUUUGGGCAACCUGGCUGUUCGCCGCGGGGGGGAAGCAACCCAAACGAAGGAGGUAAACGCGGCAAAUGAGGAGAAAGAGUUGAACGGGACGAACGAAACAAACGAGGAGAACGGUUUGAGUAGCCCCCUGGGGACGCUAAACCCGGUCGCGAAUGAACCCGUGAGGAAGAACGGGCUGAAGUUAUACCUCUACAUAAAUCUGGAAAGCCUAAAGAUUAGAACCUCCUUUGACGAAAACACCCCAGUAGCUAUAAUAACUUUCCAAAAUAUAAGCAUCUCGUUCCACCUAGUUUUGCUAGAUUUUUACUAUAUUUAUUUUUUCGACCUUUAUAGUAACUCCCUCUACAUUGAUGAUGUGAGGAAGAACUCCAUUAACUACUACAAACGAGUGGCAUACUGCUGCAUCGAGAACGAAGCAAGCAGGGUGAAGAGAAAACGGGGGGACAAAUAUUAUGAGGAAAAAAUGAGGGUGAAUUUUGUGAAGGAGAAUGCGGAGGCUAAGUUAUCUCUAAUUAAGGACACGAGCGUGUCGGUGAAUAGCAACUCGUGCAUUUCGAACUUAGACGAGGAGAACAACAUGAGCAGCAGCGCCGCGGUGGGAAGUAACCCUGUUGUGGGAAGUAACCCUGUUGGGGGAAGCAGCCACGCUUUGGGUGAUCGCUGCGAACCUCCCCCCGCAUCUCCGAAGGAUUACAAAGCACUGCUGCGGUACAUGUUCGAGAGCAACGUAUUUCUAAGCGAGGAAAAAAAGAAGAAAAGGCAAAAGGGCAUAAAGAUAAGAAUAAAUUCCUUUAUAGAGGAUAUCAUCCUAAGCAUAGAAUUGGAUGAUGCAUACAUCUGUUGCUUUUUUAUCAUUUUUAUGGAUAUAUAUAAAUUCCUGUCCACCGGUUUUAAUUUGAGCACACUGCAUCUGUACCCGAAGCCAUCUCCCUACAUCGUUUCGGCGAAGGAGCCAGGAAGGAAGAAAAGGGGGAAGAAAGUUGCUGGGGCGUAUGACCCUUCCCAUAAGGAUGUUGCCAUGGUAGGGAAGAAGAAACAUAAUUUGAAAGAGGAUAAGAAAGACACCCCCCCGGAAGAAACGAGCAGGUAUGGCAAGAAUACGAAAAGGUAUGCUGUGGAGAAUAUCAGCAUAGAGGAAAAUGUUUUUAAAUCGGAGGCGAAAAGUGAGAAAGAGGGGGGAGGUCGUCGUGGGAAGCAGGAGAAAAUGACCCCAGUUGGGGGAAGGGAGGAAGACGAAACAGGGGGUCACAAUCCAACGGAUGGGAAAAGAAAUAUAUCGAGAGGAAGCAGCAUUAAUUCUAGUCGAUUCAGGUUUAUCAGAGAACGCAUGGGGAAUGAGAAAAAUCAAACGAUAACAAAUAUAAAUGAAAUUUUAAAGUUGGAUAAUAAGCCCAUUCACAUAAGCUUCAAAGUGAACAAUGGGAAUUUUAUUAUCUUCACCAAUCUGGAGGAUGUAGCUCAUCCGAUCUUGCUGUGGUCCAACAACUUCGUCUUCUCCUUCUCCCUCUUAAACAAGUGCAUAAUAUUUAGGAAAAUCUACGCCGUAAAUAGUAAAAUAAAGCGAAUUAAUUAUGUGAGUAAUUUUUCUAGCGAUUUGAGUAGGAAGAGGAGGAGGGUGAAUAGGAUGAAGGAAGGAGCCCCUAAAGAUGUGUCUAACCCGCUGCAUAAUUAUCAUAAGAAAAAAAUUCUACUGUGUGAUAAUUUAAAUGUUAAGGGGGAGGCGAUAUACGAGUCAGUCGACACGAAAAAGGAAAAUUAUAUUCUAAAAGCGAAUGUUAGGAAGAAGGACUACCCGGAGUUUAUCUCCGUUUUUGAGCUGGAUAUUCACAUUGGGAAUUUUGACAUACGACUGUCGAAUGAUGAUGUGGAGAUUUUGCUAAGAGCGUCGUCCACUCUGUUUGGGGAUGUGCCCAGCUCUUACACGAAUAUCGCCGUGGGUGCGGUGAUCCCACCGAUGACGUUUAUUCAUACGAAGAUAAAGAACAAAUUUAUGAGGAAUAACAUUUAUUUUGUGAUGAAGGAGGUGUUGGAUGGGGAGGCAGAAGGGGGAGGUGCGGAAGAUGCUGUGAGGGGGAGAAGCGCUGGAGAUGGAGAUGAGAACCCCGAACAGGAGCUGCAGAUUACGAACAUAAAUAAGCUAAAAUGGGGAAAGAGAAGAAGGAAAGCGGUCGUGGUGGGGGACCUAAACAAUCGGGGGAAAGCUAUGAAGCAGGAGGGAGACAGCGCAUCGGAGGAGAAGCUUCCAGUGGGAAUAAACCCCCCUAAGGAGGAAAAGGGGAUAGUUAGAACGAGGAAGGAGAAAGUUGAGGUAGAUCUAUCCGAAUCGAGCAACAACGUGAUUGAAUCAUUUUCGUAUAACGCUUUGUCUGAAAUUUCAACGGACUCCAAUUUGAUGACAUGCUCCGACUCGUCCUCCACGGAGUCGUACACAACGAGCAGGAUAUUCUCCAGUAAAAGUGCAUUACAAAACGAGUCAGAGUCGGACUUAACCAGCGGUAAUGAACAGGUAAAAACGUAUCGAGAUAUUAAAAUAGUAAUAAAGCUACACAAUGUGAAGUGCACCUUUAUCGACGACAUAAGAAAUUCCAUCGUGCCAAUAAUCAGGACUAUCAUGAGUAUGAGCAUAUGCUUGAAUUUUUACUCAGAUGAAUGUUCGUACAAUAUAAACGACUUGAAUUCGAAGGUAGAGUAUUUUAACAACUGCAUUGGAGAUUGGGAACCCUUUUUGGAAAAAUGCAACAUUUCGCUGGACAUUCACAAGAUACUACCGAAUGAUUCCUUCAGUGAGGACACAGAAUCAAGCAAGUCUCCGAUCAGCAUAAUUAAGAUAAACAGUGUAAAUGCUUUAUGGUUUAAUAUAACCCCACAGUUAGUUAACCUGCUGUUUUUGUUCCUUCCUGUGUUUACGGAUAAGGUGCUUAAGGGGUUGAAAAAGGAAGGCAACCGAUGUAUGCCGAGCAACACAGUUGAGAGGGAAGAAAACCAGGGGUCCCAUUUGUCCCUUUUUAACAACAAUUGUGAGAGCGUUUCCGCUGAGCUAGAUGAGAAAAAACUUAGUAUUAAAAGUAAGAGCAUUUAUGAGGAUUGUUCGUCCGUUUUUGAAUCAGUUCCUGGUGACAUUGAUCAGACGAAGGAGACAGAUUUCCAUUUGGAUGAGUUCCUGAAGAAGGAGGAAAAUCGAAACAGUUACGAUUGCAUGAGGGACAAUUCCGUUGUUUAUUACGUCAACUUGACGAGCGACUUUUUUUACGCCUUUGUGAUGCCUGAGGGUAGCGUGGAAGAGGUGAUGAAGAAGCGCCCCUGUGGAAAUGGCAAAGGGGGGAGAGGUUAUCGAAUUGUGCACGAGGGGGGGGAUGCUCCCACGGGGGUGACCCCCACCGGUGUAGCGCAGAAGCAGAAGAAGGGAAAAACAAACGUAGGGGGGGCAUUGUCCAAAAUGGAAUUACACACCACGAAGGGCAGUGGAAAGAAGGAUGAUGGAGUUAAAAGGGAUAACUAUCACAAUGAAGGAAGCGACGCUGACGAUUCUUCGACCGAUUGCGAGGGGGAAAAGAGUGCCCCCGAGUUGUAUGCCAAAAUUGUAACCACGAACGAGUUGAUCUCCCUAGAUCGACUGCUUGUGAAUGAGAUCGCGAACAACUCCCUGAUAGAGAAGAAGUGCCUCUACCUGUACCUCAUCCCCAUUCCCCCCACAAACGUGGUGAACGUUAUACAUGAUAUGUUUGCCAAUGUGAGUAAAAGGGACAUAGUCCUCGAUUUGAUGAUAACGAAGAAUCCGAAGAAGACCAUCGAGAAUUUGUUGGCGUACAGCCAAGGGAGGCGAAAAGAUCCCAAUGUCAAUCCCAAUUGUAAUAUUAAUUUGAUGCCGAAUUCCAACUCCAAUUGCAAGGUGACGAUUUUCCAGGGGGGAGAGGAAAGCUGUCACGACAAUAAUAGGUAUAACGCAAACACCGUUACGGAUGAAAGGGGGAUGGCGGAAAAGACGAUCCAUGGCACCGACGUCGGGGCGGACGAAAUGGAGCAGUUCGAUCGGGAGGAAGCCUCAACGCAUAUGAGGAAUAACGAUUUGUUCGCUUCGAAUGAUGAUUUGUCUCUGGAGGGGGGACGGCAAGAGGAGGAACUACUGCUGGAUGAGGAGGGUACUUCCAAUGGGAGCAGCGAAGACGAGAUGGACGAGGCAGACUCGGUGGAUAGCAGAAGUAGCUCCAGUGAAAGGCACUACUUCAAGUACAGCCAAAGGGGGAAUGACAUUAGGAAUUCUAUAUUUGCAUCGAACAAAUUCGUAGGCCCAUUUCUGAAGAACUGCGAGUGCGUCCUUAUAAACUUGAUCAAGAACAGCUGCACGACUCUGACCACAUCGCUGAAAAGCAGCAACGUCAUUCACAUGAUGAAGCCGCUGGAUUAUAUUUUUGAUGAGGCGUAUGGUAACGGUGUGGGCAGCGGGAUCCCCCCUCAGGGUGCCUUAACCACAGGGGUCCGCGGAAAGGACGACUUGACGGUGAAGAAGCCAACCGUAGACAAGCCAAUAAAGUGGGAAAUGUUGAAUGAGGAGAUGGACAGGCAGACCAAUCUGGCCUGCAAAUACCGACUGAAGAAUAAUCACCUUCCCGUAACCCCGCUCGCAGAGACAGUAUGCGAAAUCAUAUCUCCCAUGCCGAAUUAUAAAAUAUUGUUCAUGUCUUCAACGGUUCGGAUUGUAAACAAGUGUGGCAUUCCUUUGGAGUUUUGUUUCUUCGAUGGAUCGAGAAACCCCAUCUUGCUAACCUCUCUGGAGAAUAGGACCAUACCAAUUAGCACGCUCUACCCCAACCAUAGCGAUUCGUUUAAGAAUUAUAAGGUGUCCAAUAGCUUGAAUAUAAACCCUAAUAUAAAGUUGCGUCAGAAGAAUAAUAAUUUGAGUUUCACGGUCAUUUUAAAUCAUGAGUAUUUGUUGUCCACUCCUGAGUGUGCCUUUUGUGGCCCGUCACAUGUGUAUCUGUCUUUUAAGCCGAUAAAUCUGGUAAGCGAGGAGAACGCGUACUACGAGGUGGUCAGUUCGGGGGGCAAAGUAGAGGUUUCCAAAGGAAGAGGUGCCAAGGAAAGUACCUCCUGUGGUCAGGGCGUACCAGGUUUGAAUAAAAAUAAUGAAUCGGAUAGCCCCAAAGCGGAAGGACAUAGGUCCCCAGGGGGGGAAAUGCAUAUAACCGAUGGAUCAUCUCCCCCAAAGGGGGCAAGCGAACUGAUGGACACCUCCUCCAUCAGCAGCGAAAAGGGAUGGUCCGACAUUUUCAGCUCUGACGUUAACCAAGGGACAUAUGUGAAGAAGUGCAAAAUGAAGGACAGCAAUAAUUACCUUUACUUUAUUGUAAAGAUUGAGAAUAAAAUAAGUGCCCUCCCUGCAGAAAAGAAUUUGAAAAUUAUCACCAUAUAUCCCCAUGUGAGUGUGGUGAACGCCAUUCCUGCGUUGGUAGACAUUAUAAUCACAUCAGAAAUUUCGGAGGAGAAACAGAACGAUUACGUGUAUGAAGAGAAGGGGAAGAUCGACCUUUUGAAAAGUAAAAAGGUGAAGUUGUUGAGGCAGUGCGAGGAGAUAAAUGCAUACCUUAGCAAAGUAGCUUCGGUCAAACAGGUCAAUUCGGGGAAUAGUUCAGCAGGCGCCACAACGGCUACUAUGAGUGGCUACUCUAAUGAGUAUGUUUUAGGAAAGGGCGCACAGAACAACGAACGGGUGUACUUACACGAAUUGAAGCGGUUGGAAAAGGAAAUAAGUAACAUCGAUGAGGAAAUAAAAAUGAAGAAAAAGGAACUAUCUUCCUCCACGUCAAAUAAAGGUUAUGUAAACAAGCGGUUGAAUCCAUUUUCCAUUUUUUACAUUUAUGAAAUUAGGAAAUAUACCUGCCUGAACAUGAAAAUGAAAAUUGGAAAUUCGCAAUGUGAGUGGUCAGACAAGUUAUUUCUGUUGGAGGAUGACGAAGAAUCGGUUAUGAGAUUUUCUCUAAAUUUUAAACGGUUCGCUUCUGUGGAAGUAGAGUUAAUAAAAAACUUCAGUGGGUAUUUCAACUCGUUGAGUAGCAUCCUGGGGAAUAAGCAGCUGUACAUUUUUUCCCUACCGAGGUGUUUUAUUGACAGAACGGGUUUAGGCAUUAAGGCAAUCAAUUCUAAUAAGUACUACCCCAUUAUUAACGGAAUAACUUUGUUAGGGGAUAAUUCACAAAUAGAUUUGCUGUUACCGCAUAAGAUGUACCACAAUGAAUAUUUGAGGUCGUGCCGAAAUGGGGUUCGCAGUUUGGAAGUAGGGGGGGUAGAGACAUUUAACGAUUAUAGUGAUAUUUUCAACGAUUUUAAUUACCCCUGUCCUGUGGACAAUUCGCUCAUACUGUUCAAGGCGACGUUACCCCCUAUUGGUAGUUAUACAGAGACGAGUGUGGUGUGCAAGAAUUUCUUUUACACCUUUUGCCUGAACACGGAAAAGAUUAAGACGACGAACAUACCCUAUAUCAUUAGCCGAAUAAUCACUGUGGUGCCUCAGUUUAUCAUUAGCAAUAAGCUGAACCAUCCUAUCUUGGUGAAGCAGUUUCAGACGGAUAAAAUCCAAGGCGUUCGUCAGAAUGACACCUCUCCGUUGUACUUCCCGAAGAAGCAGAAUAUUUUGCUCUUCCGGUUUAGGGCGCUGGAGGAGGAAACCGCUUUUUCAGGCGAUGGCACUGGCGUUGAUGCUGUUAUUGCCGAUGAUGAUGGGCAUGCCAGUAGAAAGAGGGAAGACUACGUGUCCAUCCCGUCGAAGCAGUACAAGAUAAGCAAGAACCCAUUUUGGUCGUCCGUCAUAUUUCCGAGUGAAAACUUCGUGGGGACCAACUACAUGGUAGUGAGCAACAGUUCCGUGAAAGAGGAAAAAUCGGAAGUGUAUGUAAUUACGUGCAUCCCAGACAUGGGCACGAAAAAUAUAAUAAUAGAAAAGCUAGACAAUAAUAUGAAUAAAGGGUUUAUUGCGUAUAACUGUUCCAACUUGGCAAGAUAUUUGAAAAUACGAACCUUCCACGAUGAUGCGAAACACCUCAAAAUGGAUGAAGAAGAAAAUUAUAAAUUUGAAAAAAAUAUGUUCGUAAAGAAUUUUCUAAGCACAGCUGACAUGGAACAUUAUUUUAACAUCGAAUAUGAUCAGUCUAGUUACCUAGGGUGGGUAAAUCCCUUCAUUUAUGUAACGCGAAAUGUACAGAUAGAGAUCGUACUGCAUGAUAUGAAGACCAUCCCAAGGACAUCCUUCAUAUUAAAAUUCGCGCAGUAUAAUUAUGCGCAGAAAUUAUUCCAGGUGUAUUAUUAUGACGUGAUUUUUAUCGUCUCUGUAGAGUACAUCCAAGAUUUGAUAACGAUUAGGUUGACCCACCGGAUGAACAUUUCUCGGGGGGUACCUCACAAUGGGGGAGGAUUUGUCUCCACGACUUCGUAUACUAAUGACACCCGUGAGGGUGGAAGAGUUUCUAAAAAUUCGGUGGACAUGCAGGAGUACCACAAGAUAGAAGUUGCUGAGGGAGGGUACGAGUUGAGGGACAAACAUGGCAACGAAGUUGGCGUCGUGAGGAGCGCCAUGGGGGGUAGCUAUGUUCAGAAGAGGAUGAUGAUUGGGCAAAGUGAAUAUAACUAUGUGAAGUAUGGUACGGAGGAAGACGCAGAUGCAGAUGGUGCUGGUGGAAGUGGGCACCAGGGUCACGUGAGCGGUUAUACCAGCGGGUAUGGGAACUACUACUACUACGGCGUGGGCAAACGCGAGGAAACCGUGAAGAUGAUCAGCAACACGUAUAAGAAUGUGCACGUAAUUAUUAAUGUGACCCAAAUAGGGGUAAGCAUUAUAUCGAACAUCCUGAAGGAGGAGGUAUUCUUCAUCGAGCUGUCCAAACUGUGUGCCCUGUUUUAUAUGAAGAACGAGGAAGAAGUUAUUGACAUAAAAAUUACGGACGUGCAGGUGGACUGUCAGCUGGAGUCCUGUGAGAAGUGUGUGCUUUUGGCGAACCGGGGCAUAAGCACGAACAGUGAUAAAAGCGGUGGAGCAGCAGGCACAUCAGGAGGGGCUUCUUCAGCGAACAGCGAAAAAGAAUUGAAGAGAAUUAAAAAUGCGUAUGGUGGUCAUCACCCGCAGGGAAGUCGUGCCAAUGGGAUCAGUGGUGGUGGUGUAGGUAGAAAGGGCAGUUACAUGAGCGAAAUGGACGAGUUGUACGGUCGGAAUAAUAGCAGCAGUGGCAUCGGUGGUGACGGUCGAUCCAAUUUUACAAACAGCGAUAUGAUGAGUAAGAGGGCUACUGAGAGUGGUGCAGGAAUAAUUGGAAAAGGGAUGAACACAAAUGACGAAAAAAUAUUUUUAAACAUUUAUGUGGAGAGGUCCUUCAUAUCUCACAAGGACGUGAUUUUCAAAAAGAUACAAGUCUCCUUGGAUGACGUGGAAAUCGAAAUGGAUGCCGAAACGUUAAAUGGAAUUAACCUGCUUAUAGCAGAGUAUAUUGAAGGGAUAAGCAUCGUGCAGAAGAAGAACCUGCUCUAUGAGGAGAUCCAGAAGUGGACCAUUUUACCCGUCUAUGUGAAUUACAAAUCUCCAGAUAUCCCCCUAGCCAUAAACAUACAGUACAUGCAGAUAGACAAAUUUACCCUCAUCGUUUGGUGUUCCUUUUUACUGGACAAAAUGCACAUGAUGAGUGAUCUGCUGAGAAUCGGUUUACGAAUAUUGAUGGUGUCGGGAAAGUUAGAAUUGCUAGGAGCACCUGUUACCCUGAAUCAGGAAAUUUUUAACAACAUCCGUGUUAGCUUGAAGUCGUUUUAUGCUCUAUUGAAGGAUAAGUACAGUCACUCCAUUUUGGCAUGUUUAGGGUUCAUAGUGGGAUAUAGCAGCCUGAUUAACAUACCGAAGAUUCCCCUGGAAAUUGGAAGGAAUACCAUAGGGCUAGCCGUUUACGCUGUUGAUAACGUAAGUGUGGGUAUUGGAAGUUUUCUCUCCAAUUUGACCUUCGAUGCAGAGUACAUUAAUAGGAGACAGAAGGAAAGGAACUUUAAAACAAACACGAACAUGAAGGAAGGGCUCCUGAGUGCCGUGAAGAAUAUUGGAGAGGGUGUGCUGAGCUUAUCCAACAUUGUUACGAAACCAAUUGAGGGUGCCCAGAAGGAAGGAGUUGGUGGAUUUUUCAAAGGGAUAGGCAAAGGGGUAGCUGGAUCGUUGGUCAAGCCGCUAGAUAAAGUAGGCCAAGCUGUAUCUGAUGUUACGAGGGGUAUAAAAGCUGAGGUGUCCAAACCGAUAGGAGGACAUAAAUACAAAAUCAAGAGACAUCGAAAGCCAAGAAUGUUAUGGGGAGAAUAUGGAAAAAUAAAAGAGUACAAUUUGCAUGAAGCAGAAUUAAGAGAAUGUCUGGGAUUGAAAUUUUCAAAAAAUAUUAUGAAAUGUUUAACGAUACAUAAACAGGAGAAUCACCCUCCUGCACAUUAUUCUUUGUUGUUAUAUCCGAAGGUUAUUAUUUAUGCCAAUUUGUAUGCCAGCAUGUUUGUUGGUGGUAAGAAUGGUGAAUAUAUGGCAGACAAGAAGAGCGUUGCGGGGGGGGGCGACAUUGUCAUUUGGUCGCUCAGGAUUGAGGACAUCUCCGAAAUAAGGGCCUCCAGUCAUGGGGUCAUAAUCCGCACAGGGAACACUAGCAACCUCGUGUAUAAGAUCCCCUGCAACAACGCGCUUUUGAUAAAUAAGAUUUACCGCGAGCUGCACAGCUCCAAGGGCUCCAUCAACUCGACCAUCAUCCUGGGGGAGGCGCCCUCCAAGCCAUGCGUUUAG